AUGUAUCCAUUGUUGACACCCAACCCUGUCACUGAAAAAAGGGAGAGCAAGAUUCUUAUCAACAGGUUGGGCGGAGUUGACAUUCUGACACUCCUUUUUCAUGAGUUUCCUGCGGUGGAAAUCAGUCACAGCAUGGAGGCGGCCAGGCACACAACUAGGAGCAACAGGAACGGCUCUAGUCGGCUUAAAUUGGUCAACUUUGAGAUCCAGGAGAACCAUGAAAGCCAUGAAACCCAAGGCCUGAGCAACAAGCACCUGGUGGUCCGGCGAGGAAGACCCUUCAAAGUGACGCUGAUGUUUCAUGGACGGCUGUGGAACCCCAGCACCGAACGUCUGGUCCUGCAGGUUUCACUAGGUGACAUGUCAGCAAAGAUGUUGGUCAGCUUCUCCGACAAAUGGUUUGAUCCGGACAGGUGGUCAGCCCGGGUGUACCCUGGUGACCUGCGUCGCCGUGCCAUUACCAUUCAUGUCUGCGCCCCGGUCAGUGCCGCGGUGGCGCAGUACCAGCUCCUGGUCCACAUUGAUGGCACACAGGAGUCCUGUAGCUUCCUGGUGGGGACUUUUGUGCUCUUGUGCAACCCUUGGCUGAAAACGGAUCCAGUGUACAUGCCGCUGAAUGUGCAGCUAGACGAGUAUAUCAAGAGCGAUUAUGGCGUCCUUUUCAUGGGUACACACGUGAACGUUAUCCAGCGACCUUGGUCGUUUGGUCAGUAUGAGCCUGGGGUCCUCGAGGCAUGUCUGCAGCUGCUCCAGUCCAGCCCUCAGCACCUCAGCAACAAGCACAAAGACUACGUUCUACGAGCAGACCCGGUUUACCUGAGCAGGGUCAUGUGCGCAAUGGUGAACUCCAGUGAUGACAUGGGUGUGCUGGAAGGGAAGUGGGAGGGCAGCUACAAAGAUGGCGUAAAGCCAACAGAAUGGAGCGGCAGUGCGGACAUCCUUCACCGCUGGUUGGCGUCCAAAUGCAACCCUGUGCGCUAUGGACAAUGCUGGGUCUUUGCCUCGGUGUUGUGUACAGUUAUGCGAGUGCUGGGAAUUCCCUGCAGGGUGGUGACGGUUUUUAACGCAGCCCACGAUGGAGAUGGAAACCUGAUAGCCGAAGAGUUCUACUCAAGCACCGGGGAGAGGCUGGGUAUGUCGAAAGACAGUGUUUGGAACUUUCACGUGUGGGUGGAGUGCUGGAUGCAGAGACCAGACCUCGGCCCCGGCUUCGACGGCUGGCAGGUUGUGGACCCGACCCCGCAGGAGAAAAGCGCAGGGAUGUACCGCUGUGGUCCUUGCCCAGUGGCAGCCAUAAGGGGGCGCUGCCUCAGCACGGCUUAUGACGCUGCCUUCAUUUACGCCUCUGUUGACGCCGACAUCGUGCGCAUGAUCGUGCGGUCGGGUCAUGUGGUUGGCAAGACGGUGGACAGCGAGUGGGUGGGACGCUUGAUAUAUACCAAGCACAUUGGAUCAGACACGGCGGAGGAUUUGACCGGGAGUUACAAGAAAAAGAAAAGAGAGGAAAGAUGCUUAAUGAUGACAGCAUCACCCGGUUGUGACACAUCCUCUCUUCCUGUAUGGGGCAAUUCCGGACCUGAAUGUUGCGUCACAGCUGGGCCCACACCUCGUGCAGCUGAAGCAGACGGGCCCAGUAUGGACGUGUCCCUCUCUAUCGACAAAGAGCCAACCGCGGGCAAAAGCAUCAACCUGACUGUGACGAUAACAAACAAAUCAGACCGCAAACGCGUCCUGAUGGAGCACCUGAAUGCUCAGGUGAAGGAAUUCAACAGCAGCCCGCAGAGCAGCUUCUGGAAAAGCCACAAAGAAGUGUCCCUUCUGCCGUUUGAAGUUUCCAAGCGCCAGCAUUCCAUCCCGCCAUCUGAGUACGAGUCCUUCCUAUCGGAGGAUGACAUUGUAAAGGUGUCAGUGGUCAUCAAGGAUACGAAAACCAAAGCGAGGGUGCUGGCUACGCAGGACUUCAACGUCAGCUCGCCUAAAAUUCACAUACAGGUCGAAGGCGGAGACAGCAUCCAGGUGAAAAAGGAGCAUACAGCCGUCGUGUCCUUCAUCAAUACAUUAAGCAAAACCCUGAGGGGCGCCGUACUGACGGUGGAGGGAUACGGAUUGUUGGCGGGAAAACAAGAAGCCAGGAUGAGUCUCCUGCAGCCAGACGAGAAGAUAGAGAAGAAGGUUGUCAUCAUGGCGUCCACACCGGGCACAAAAAUGCUCAGCGCCACCUUCUCGCAUAGCAACAGCCCCAACAUGGUUUCCAGAAGCUUCCACAAAGUGUCGGUCACCGCGUAGACACAUUUAUUAUUCUGAUUGGACUUUAAUCAUUAUCACCAUUUAACUCAGAUUUUCAAUUCUAUUAUUAUGAUUAGAAUUUGGUUGUCACCUUCCAUCCAUCAUUCAUCUUUCGUUUCCUCAUCCUUCAUAUUUCCUUUAAUUCUUUCCUUUUUUCCUUCUCCCCCAAUCUGUUUCCUUCCUUUCACUAUUCACCCAUUCAUCUUUCUUUCACUAUUUCAUCCUUUCUACUUUUCAUCCUCCAGUCCAUCCUUCCUACUUCAAUCUCUCCCUCCAUUGUUUCUUCCUUCUUGCCUCAGUCUUCUAUAUUUCCUUACAUCCUUCAUCACUUCCGUACUUCCUGGUCUCCUUCUUACAUUCUUUUCUAUCAAUCUAUCCAUCUAUUUUUUUUUAAAUACUUUAUUUUAUUCAUUCAUUCAUUCAUUUUCUGGAGUGCUGGAGCCUAUCCCAGCUGUCUUCGGGCGAGAGGCGUGGUACACCCCGGACUGGUCGCCAGCCAAUCACAGGGCACAUAUAGACAAACAACCAUUCACACUCACAUUCAUACCUAUGGACAAUUUGGAGUCGUCAAUUAACCUAGCAUGUUUUUGGAAUGUGGGAGGAAACCGGAGUACCCGGAGAAAACCCACGCAUGCACGGGGAGAACAUGCAAACUCCACACAGAGAUAGCCGAGGGUGGAAUCGAACCCCGGUCCUCCUAGCUGUGAGGUCUACGCGCAAACCACUAGACCGCCAUGCCGCCCCCCAGCCAAAUUUAAGUUCAUCAAUUCAUCCUUCCAUCCAUCCACGCAGAAUUAGUCAAAUAACAAACAGUACUGUACAUUCAAUUAGUAGUAAGUAGUAGUACCGCAAACCACCGCUAGAUGGCAGCAUUUACGCGUCCGCCAAUAUCUGCUUCCUCUACAGCAGUCGCAAGAAAAUCAAUUCAAUUUUACACUUAAGUCUCCUUCACGCUUCUUUUUCUCAUAGUUCCGCAUAGAGGGAAUAAAUAUAUACUGAAAUCAUUGAAAUCAACAGUUCAGAGAGUGAAAAAGGAAUCGAAGGUAAACCGUGUUUCGAUAGCUUAUUUGAUGGAUGCAUGAGCGGGUGGAUGGUGGGAUGAUGUCCGGGUGAACAGCUUGUGAUGUCAGCUGAGUGUCAAGCAGACGCUAAUCAGACGUCACGCUGGCUGAUUUUCAGACAAAUUAAACGUCAAGGGGGGAAAGCAGCCAUCGCGACCACUAAAAAGAAGGCUAUCAUACAUUAUUAAUGGACCGUACACACUCGUUCUUCUUUUCUUCCAUGUCAAUCAUCCCUCUCUUUUCUUCCCUCGUUCCCCUUCAGGACUUGUGUGUGUUUGUCCUUGUUGACUUUUUUCUUUUCACCUAACUGACCAUCUGUUGGGCCUCUUUGUUCUCCUACUGCUUUUUGUUUAUGUCUUUUGUAUCCUUUAUCAUUCCUGUUCAUCCAACUCUUCCCUUGCUCCCUUCUUUCUAUCAUCCUUCCUUCUGUUUGUCCAUCCUUUCUUCCUCUCAUAUCGUUCUUCCCUUUCAUUCUUGUAAACUUCCCUUACGCAUCCUCCAUUCUUAUUUCCUUCCCUUCUCAUCCUUCUGUUUCUGUUUCCCUCCUUCCCUCAUCCUCCUUUUUUCCCAUCCUUCCUUCCUUCCUUCCAUCAUCAAUGCUUUGUUGCCUCGUCCUUCCUUAUUUCCUUUCAUACAACCAUCGAUCCUUCCCCCUUUUUUUCCAUCCAUCAAACCUUCCUUCCAUCUCUUCAUCCAUUCAUUCAUUUUCUACCGCUUUUCCUCACGAGGGUCGCGGGAGAGACCUGGACUGGUGGCCAGCCAGCCAAUCACAGGGCACAUAUAGACAAACAACCAUUCACACUCACAUUCAUACCUAUGGACAAUUUGGAGUCGCCAAUUAACCUUGCAUGUUUUUGGAAUGUGGGAGGAAACCGGAGUACCCACAGAAAACCCACGCAUGCACAGGGAGAACAUGCAAACUCCACACAGAGAUGGCCAAGGGUGGAAUUGAACGCUGCUCUCCUACCUGUGAGGUCUGUGUGCUAACCACACGACCGCCGUGCAACCAAGCUCAGUACAAUCAUUCAUUCAUUUUCUACCGCUUUUUCCUCACGAGGGUCGCGGGUAUGCUGGAGCCUAUCCCAGCUGUCUUCGGGCUAGAGGCGGGGUACACCCUAAACUGGUCGCCAGCCAGCCAAUCACAGGGCACAUAUAGACAAACAACCAUUCACACUCACAUUCAUACCUAUGGACAAUUUGGAGUCGCCAAUUAACCUAGCAUGUUUUUGGAAUGAGGGAGGCCGAGGGUGGAAUUGAACCCUGUCUCCUAGCUGUGAGGCCUGCACGCUAACCACUAGUCCACCGUGCAGCCCUUUUCAUCCAUCAUCAGUUCAAAGAAUGUUACACAGCAUCACUAACAAAAGUAUUGGGACAAAUUUGGAAACUCAUGAACUGAACUGAAACUUUGUUGUAUUGUUUUAUAUUGUCUCAUGCAUAUCAGGAUUAUUAUUGAUUCAUAUUUGACCCUUCAGAAAUGAAGCAUGGAUCCACUCCAGCUUCAUCGGGACACAUUUAUUUUUCCGGCGCAUUUGGGGUUUUAAUUUCACGCCGCGUGACUUUUGUUACCAAUAGCAACAAGAAGCAAGGGAAAUGGUGAAAGUAUAAAGUUUAUACAACAUAAUAAUAAUAAUAACAUUGCACUACCACAGGGAAUUUGAGCUGAUGUACUUUCAGAGUAGAGGAAAAGCAGCACCACUGUAUCAUCACUUUUCCAAUGAAAAGCAUAUACAGUAUCUCCACAACAGAAAGAAAACAUCAGGCUAUUAUUUUUCCAAGUAGAACAAACCGCCUGCUUUGUUUUUGUCCAUCUAUUUCUGUCUCGCCGCCUCACUUUUAAAACACCAAGAAGCAUGUUGGAAUUUGUCUGAUAACAACACAGCCAUCUUUUAACAACACGAGUGUCUUUCUGCCGCUUCCUUUUCUGUUUAUCUCUUCUUGAACUGCACUUUUUACUUACUCGGGGAGUAGGAAAAUACCACAGGGACCUCUGUUACAACAUACGCUAUAUUAUGGUAAUGGUUUAAUUUCAUUUGAACAUGCAUCAGAUUACAAUUGAAUGCAUCACAUAAUCAGUUCACAGUUCCACAUGUCCAAAAGGAGUAGGAAGAAGCAAAGCUUAUUAAAUCCUACCCCUCCAUCUGGUACUUUUACAAUCAGUAACUGUUACAUUUGUUCACUUCCUGCUUUCCUAAUAUAGUUAAAAAAUAAUUAUUAAUUUUUUUGUCACAUAUCGAAGUAGGGUUAACGCAGUUAGCGUUCCCCAUGACCACAGACAGUAAACAUGGUUGAUGCCGUCUUUCAAGACCUUUAUACUGUCUUUUUCAAUGUUCCCUUCGCUAUGCAGCCUCUCUAUCGCCAUAUUUCUACGGGGAUAUCCAAUCAUUGGACGUAGCGAAGGGAUGCUAACAGCUGCUAGCAGCUACUCCCGAGUGUCAACAAGUUUUUUUUUUUAUCACGUACCAAAGUAGGAGGUGAUAUGACCAUCCAAUGACAUAAUGGGUACCAUAGUAAGUGUCAAUAUAGUGAUAUAUAUAGCACAUCAUGACUGGUUCAAGACUAUUGAUGUGCUAUACAUAUCACUGUAUUAAAUGUAUUAAUAUAUAGUAUGAUAAAAAAAAAUUUGAACCACUCAGAGAGCGCCAUAGUUCCCCCUGUAUUGUGACUCACUCCAGAAUAAUAAUGAUUUUUUGGGGAUCAGUCUUUGAUAUUUUAUAGAACCUGUUGUUCCAAAAGCUCUGAAUAAACUGAAUUUAGGCAAAGUUUUAUUAAAAUUAAAAACAAUAUUCGAGAAAAAUAGCCAGUAUAUUUUCUCUCUUUUUAAACAUAAAUAAAUAUAUUAUUAUUAUAAAUAUAUUAAAUAUAUUCAAUCUUCAGUGCAAUAGUGGCGCACUCACCGUAGUAGCCGGGUUAGCGCAGUUAGCGCUUCCAUCUCACUUCCCUCCAUGACCACAGACAGUAAACAUGGUUGAUGCCGCUUUUCAAGACCUUUAUACUGUUUUUUCCCAUGUUCCCUCUGCUAUGCAGCCUCUCUAUCGCCAUAUUUCCACGGUGAUAUUCAAUCAUUGGACAUAGCGAAGGGAUGCUAACAGCUGCCAGGUGUCAACAAGUUUUUUUUAUUAUUUUGUAUUUAAAUUUUUUUGUCACAUACUGAAGACAAUGUGAUUGUCUGAAAUUGACAUUUUUUUUUUGUUUUUUUGUCACGUAUCGAAGUAGGAGGUGAUAUGACCAUCCAAUGACAUAAUGGAUACCAUAGUAAGUGUCAAUAUAGUGACAUAUAUAGCACAUCAUGACUGGUUCAAGACUCAACAAACAUCAACUGCUUGUAUUGUUUCUUGACUUAGCUAGAUCCCUCUCCUACUAGACACAGGCGUUGUAACAUAUAUGUUGUAUACACAGCGUGACAGUGAUGCAUGGUGUUAUAAAGUAAGUGUAGCGUAAGCUCUCAUAGCGGAGAUAACCUGUCCUAUGCAUUGAAUUGCCCCGUUACCCGUCACCAUGUUCAAUCUGUUGCAUGCAACCUUUGCAGCAUUUCAUGUUUUAUGUGUGCAGUGUUCCGCUUUAAAAGCCUAACAAGUGACCUAUCGGGCUUCACCAAGGCUGUCUUUCAUUGUGGAUAUGAACAGAGGUGAUAUAUAUGUGAGUACUUCUCUUACAAUAUCACUAAUGACACACAACAAAUGCACAAGUGCUGCAGUGGGUGGGUUGCUAUGGUAACUCCAAUACACAUUCACAGAGCGUCUUGUUUGACCACUGCCCUUUUCCAAAUGAUAGGCCUACUUCCCGCAAGUGGUUUUACUGAUGAGGGUCCAUGCACAGUAAUGGUCAUGUGAAAUCGAUUUUAUGGCUUUAUAUCUCCAGGGAUGGCGUUCAAAUACAACAUGACGAAGCACUGUAUCUGUACAUUGAUUUUUAAAUACCGCUACUUUU